CCCCCGCCGCUCGUCCCCGCCGCGGCCGAGCCGCCUGCAGCAGCACCAGCUGCUCCUCCCCGGCGGCCGCCCCCCGCGGGUCCCUCCCUGGCUGCGGGAGAGACGGAGGUAGAGAGAGGACACGGACCCGCGCUGCCCGCACCGGAGACCUUCGCCUCGCCCCGCCAGUUCCUCACCCUCGGGGAGCAACAUGGAUAAUCUCAGUGAUACCUUAAAGAAGCUGAAGAUAACAGCUGUUGACAGGACUGAGGAUAGUUUAGAAGGAUGCUUGGAUUGUCUGCUUCAAGCCCUGGCUCAAAACAAUAUGGAAACAAGUGAAAAAAUCCAAGCAAGUGGAAUACUUCAGCUGUUUGCAAGUCUGUUGACUCCACAGUCUUCCUUCAAAGCCAAAGUAGCUAACAUCAUAGCAGAAGUAGCCAAAAAUGAGUUUAUGCGAAUUCCAUGUGUGGAUGCUGGACUGAUUUCACCACUGGUGCAGCUGCUAAAUAGCAAAGACCAGGAAGUGCUGCUUCAAACGGGCAGGGCUCUAGGAAACAUAUGUUACGAUAGCCAUGAGGGCAGAAGUGCAGUUGACCAAGCAGGUGGUGCACAGAUUGUAAUUGACCAUUUAAGGUCACUGUGCAGUAUAACAGAUCCCGCCAAUGAGAAGCUCUUGACUGUCUUUUGUGGCAUGCUGAUGAACUAUAGCAAUGAGAAUGAUUCGCUUCAAGCUCAGCUUAUCAAUAUGGGUGUUAUUCCUACCUUAGUGAAAUUACUGGGCAUCCACUGCCAAAAUGCAGCUCUUACAGAAAUGUGUCUUGUUGCAUUUGGUAAUUUAGCAGAACUUGAGUCAAGUAAAGAACAGUUUGCCAGUACAAACAUUGCUGAAGAGUUGGUUAAACUCUUCAAGAAACAAAUAGAACAUGAUAAGAGAGAAAUGAUUUUUGAAGUUCUUGCUCCAUUGGCAGAAAACGAUGCUAUUAAACUACAGCUGGUUGAAGCAGGCCUAGUAGAGUGUCUACUAGAGAUUGUUCAGCAAAAAGUGGAUAGUGACAAAGAAGAUGACAUUACUGAGCUCAAAACUGGUUCAGAUCUCAUGGUUUUAUUACUACUUGGAGAUGAAUCCAUGCAGAAGUUAUUUGAAGGAGGAAAAGGCAGUGUAUUUCAAAGAGUGCUUUCUUGGAUUCCAUCAAAUAACCACCAGCUACAGCUUGCUGGAGCAUUGGCAAUUGCAAAUUUUGCCAGAAAUGAUGGAAAUUGUAUUCAUAUGGUAGACAAUGGGAUUGUAGAAAAACUUAUGGAUUUACUGGACAGACAUGUAGAAGAUGGAAAUGUAACAGUACAGCAUGCAGCACUAAGUGCCCUCAGAAACCUGGCCAUUCCAGUUAUAAAUAAAGCAAAGAUGUUAUCAGCUGGGGUCACAGAGACAGUUUUGAAAUUUCUUAAAUCUGAAAUGCCCCCUGUUCAGUUCAAACUUCUGGGAACAUUAAGAAUGUUAAUAGAUGCUCAAGCAGAAGCUGCUGAACAACUGGGAAAGAAUGUUAAGUUAGUGGAGCGUUUGGUGGAAUGGUGUGAAGCCAAAGAUCAUGCUGGUGUGAUGGGGGAGUCAAACAGACUGCUGUCUGCCCUUAUACGACACAGUAAAUCAAAAGAUGUAAUUAAAACCAUUGUGCAGAGUGGUGGCAUCAAGCAUCUAGUUACCAUGGCAACUAGUGAACAUGUAAUAAUGCAGAAUGAAGCCCUUGUUGCUUUGGCAUUAAUAGCAGCUUUAGAAUUGGGCACUGCUGAGAAAGAUCUAGAAAGUGCUAAACUUGUACAGAUUUUACACAGACUGCUAGCAGAUGAGAGAAGUGCUCCUGAAAUCAAAUAUAAUUCUAUGGUCCUGAUAUGUGCUCUUAUGGGAUCUGAAUCUCUACAUAAGGAAGUGCAGGAUUUGGCCUUUCUAGAUGUUGUAUCCAAACUUCGCAGUCAUGAGAACAAAAGUGUUGCCCAGCAGGCCUCUCUCACAGAGCAGAGACUUACUGUGGAAAGCUGAGAACUGCCCGAUACACGGCAUCAUCCCAUCUCUGAUUUCCCCUCCAUCCUCCAUCCAGCUGCCUCUUCUACUUCAUUCUCUACCAUACCACUUGUGCAUGCAUGUAAUGUUCUAAUACCAGUUGAAGAACUGCUGUAGGUACUUGCCUAGUAAGAUUUCUAAACCCAUAGUUAGUGUGAACAUGACUUUGUCAAAGGCAAGUCUCCACCCAUAACUGUUCUCUCGUAUUCCUGUUGCUUGAGCUACAUUAAGUAGAAUGUGCAUGUUGUAGUCCUAUGAUGACGUAAACUUGGUACUACAUAAUGACUUGCUCCACACAUGCAGUAAACUACAUAAUGAUGUACUGGUAAACUAGAAACAAUGCAGCAGGAUCUGUCUAGUUAUUAAAGUUGAAACUGAAUAGGAAAAAUAGCUCCAUUUUUUGGUGCUUGGGAAGCACAGUGAACAAAAAAAGCUGUAUGGCUGCUUAUUCAUUAGUCUUUCCUACUGAUGUCAAACCGACGGUACCUAGAAUUAAAUAAAAUUCCAGUGCUCUUACUCUUUAA